AUGCGCAAACUGAACGAUCGCACGAAGCGCGCUGUGGAACAAUUAUUCCCGCGUGAACGGCAGGAAUGCGCGAAAACAUGCAUUCACGCGCUCGCCAACUUUGAAGAGGGUUUGAAGCAAAAUUCGAUUGGUUUGCAAGAAAAAGACGAGAACUUCGUGGCCUUCAAGUUGCUCCUGCUAGCACUGGGCUAUAAAUUCGCUUUGAUGAUAAGGAAGACGAACAAUUCAAAGAAGACAGCGUUUGUGGAGGAUUACGGAGCGAUAGAAAAUACGCGCGGCCGAAUCCUGCGCUUCCUAUAUACGGAAAGUUCGGGCACGAUUGCAUCGAUGGAUUUUCGAACUGGUGUAGAUACUGUGUCGCGCAGAACCUCAUUGGGCGUCAAAACUGGUGUGUUCCAGCCCUUCAAAGAUGCUACAGCGCUGGACAGCAUGAAGACG